UUUUAUUCACUGCACUUUCUCGUUAACCAGAAAUCAUUGUUGUGCGCAACAAGUAAAUUGCCCGCAGCAUAACGCGUGUAUCUCAACUCUGGAGGUGCUCCUUAUUAGACAGGGUUCUGGCCUUCACUCUGGCCUUCACUGCCGACCACUCUCAAAAUGGCAGCAUCAGAGCCUCUUCUCUUGUGCCCUUCCCGCUGCGUCACGAAAAACAUCCUCAGCAAUCAUGCCUGGCGACAGCUAUCGACCGCGUUAUGCUGAUCCAUAUCGGCCGCCUUACAGCGAUUUUCGAGAUUACAACCCACCAAGAAAUGAACAACCUCGACAAGUGGAUUCUUGGAGAUCUUACAGAAACGAUACGGCAAAUCUUCAGACCUCAAGCCACCGAUGGAUGCGACCACGUCUACCAAGUGACUACAUGUCAGAAAGUCACUCUCAAAACAUGAGGACGAAUUCUUCUGACAACUACCAAUGGCGACACGACAACGCUAGGGGCCCAGAUGCAUAUGAACCUCUAAGGAUGCAGAGCAGUACUCAGAGAAGGGGUACCGUCCAACAACGUCAGGAACGCAGCUAUACAUUCCGUUCAAGACAACCUGAACAACAAGUCGCAGCUUACAGUACUUCCAGUCGAGAUGUCCCACUCCCAUCGAUCGAGACUCCAGACGCUCCCAUCUCGCCAGUCAACUUUACAGACUUACCCAUCCGUCAGGUUCGGAGUGGAGGCAGCAGAAGCACAAUUCCUCGUGAAAUUGAGCCAGUGCCUGUCCCGAAACCUACAUCAGAGUACAGGGAAAAGGCCGCUCUCCCGCCAGCACUGAGACAGAAGGCACAGAAGCUUCUCGUGAUUUUGGACCUGAACGGCACUUUGCUCGUGCGACCGAACCGCAGAGGAGACCCGACGAAGUUCAAGAUCCGACCAGGCGUUACGCAGUUGCUUGAUUACUUGUUCGCCAACCACGUUGUCAUGGUGUAUUCCUCUGCUAGGCCGGAGAACACGACCGCCAUGGUCAACAACCUCAUCCAUCCCGUGCAGCGCCAACAGAUGGCCGCAGUCUGGGCACGAGACAAACUGGGCUUGACCAGACAACAAUACAACAACAAGGUUCAAGUGUACAAGAAACUCGACAAGAUCUGGUCGGACGGGGCCAUCCAACGUAAGGCCGAAAAGGGGUGUAAAUGGAACCAAGGCAACACCGUCCUCGUCGACGACAGCCAUUUGAAAGGGUUGGCCGAACCGAAUAAUCUUCUACAGGUCCCCGAGUUUGAAGACAACGCACCAAAGGAGGGCGGUGCCGCCCUGCGCGACUGGCAACUCCAGGAGCAGGCGAUUCUCCAGUCCCUCGAGCUGAAACUCGAAGCCCUCAGGUACCAAGUCGACGUGUCCCGACUCAUCCGGCAAUGGCAGACCGGCCAACGUCAAGCCCCCGGCGUCGUCGACGAGACCAUCGACCAAAAGACACAGCGCAGAAUCGAGCAGCCCGAAGCGACUCCGGGCCCGACUGUAGGUGCAUCCCCGGCCCCCAGUGCCGGCAGCUUCGGCGCGGCCGGUGGGAGUAUGGCUACGCCCAGCAGUCUGACCCGCACCGUCACACUCGCGAGCGAAGACGGCGGGAAUGAUGCCCACAAUGGGAUCCCCGUUGUCGGCGACGACAACCUUCUCGACAUGCUCGAAAAGGAGAUUGACAGUCAACUCGACACCUCUCACGGUCAAAAGACGGCUGCGACGGCCGAGCAGGGGGCUUCAUCCACCACCGGCGACAACACCGUCCGCAAGGAUGUCCCGGUCGUGAAGAAAAAGAAGGCCAAGGGCAAGCGCAAGGUGAAGAACAACAAUCCGGAACACGCCCCGCCAACCCCGGAGAGUCUGCCUUCUUGAACCAAGGUUGCCAUUGCUGCUGCUGCUGCUGCUGCUGCUUCGACGCAGGGCGGAUGGUCGUCUCCAAGAUUGCCAAGCAGGAAGACCGGUUGGUUUUGGUGCAAAGGGCAGGAAACAGAACAGCGAUGUGCUCUCGUUUGCAAGUGUUGUGGGAUCCGCUACACCCAACCUUGUGGGUUCGGGAAAAGGAGUUUGGUGUUACUUCAUCAAGAGCUCAUUCGACUCGCAGUGUAUGAUUGACGACGGAAUUUUUCCAGCAUUUGAGCUAGAGCUUGCACGAUGAAUAAAGAUGAGACCAGGGAUGAACGAAUAGCAAGGAUAGAUGCUCAGUGCUCAUAUCAUAGUGAAUGAUUUUCGAAUCCUAAUACUUUCA